AUGAGGUUCGCCGACUUGCUAGUAGACCUCGCCGCCGUGGCUAGUGCCUCCCGGUCCGUUGCCGGCAAACACGUUGCACUCCGGGCCAGCCAGAUCGACAGAUACAGUAAGACGAGUAGUAUUGUCAGCGUUGCCAAGGAUCUUGGGAAGAGCAAGCAACAGCAACAGCAGCAGCAAUAUUACCAACAGCAGACGACGCCGGAGGUGCAACAGCAGGAUGUGGUUCAAAGUCAGAGUCAACAACAACCAGAACAGGGAGUGCGGGUUGAGGAGGUUGUUAAGCUGAAGGAAAAGGUGCCGAUUCAACAACAAUCCACGCCGGUUGCUGCUCAGCCUGAGUUGCCCCCAUCGUCACCACCGGUAUCCGAGGCCAAGGUAGUGACUGCCGCUGCACCAGAGUCUCAGCAGUCGUCGACGCCCAAGCCGUUCACCCCUGCGCCAUGGGCAGACAGGAAACCCCUUCCUCAGCCUAGUCCCUUCCCCAAGCCACCGAGGAUCGGCGUCAAGAGCAUAAUACCGGGACUGCCAGCGGACCUGGCUGCGUUGAAGGGCGAGGCCGAUGUCAAUCUCAGCAACAUCUUCAUGACGAACAAGGGCUCCAAGAUCCUGGAGGAGUUGAACAAGGAGCCUACGGUUCCCGCUGUGGAGGUGACCCCUGAGCCGCUUGUCGCCACUGUCCCAAAACCUAAUACGGCCGAGGGGGAGGUCAAGGCGGAGAGGGAGGUACAGGUCAUUCAGAAACCAGCAGAGGAGCAAUUGGCCCAGAAAGCUGCUGCUGUUGAGGAGAUCGAGCAGCCCAAGGUGGAGGAAGAAAAGCCAGCUCCGGUUCCGGAAACCCCGGCAAGCACGUCAGCUCCUCCCCCGGCUGCUGCCGUCAAGGCCACACCACUACAAGAACCAAAGACAACCAAGCUCACGCAAGAGGACGCAGACUUGGUUGCUGAGCUCACAGGGUCUUCUCCCCUCCCAGCCUCUACCCGCCACGAACUGCGCGAGUCCAAGGUCCCCGCCUCCCGCAUCAGCAGACUCUGGAACUACGGCGGUCUCGCGGCCGGCAUGAUGGCCGGCGCCAUCGGCGAAGGAUUCAGCCGGGCCAUCGGCGGCGGCAGCUCCGGCUCGGUGAUGCUCAGCCCGGGCAACGUCGAGCGACUAGUCUCGCGCCUUUCGCGGAUGCGUGGCGCAGCCCUCAAGCUAGGGCAAAUGAUGUCGAUCCAAGACUCCAAGAUGCUCCCGCCCACCAUCCAGGAGGUCUUCCAGCGUGUGCAGGACCGGGCGGAUUACAUGCCGGCGUGGCAGCGCGACCGGGUGCUGGUGUCCAACCUGGGCGCCGACUGGCGCUCGCUCUUUGACGAGUUCGAGGAGAAACCCAUCGCCGCCGCGUCCAUCGGCCAGGUGCACCGCGCCACGCUCAAGUCAAACGGCGCCCGCGUCGCCGUCAAGAUCCAGUUCCCCGGCGUUGCAGACUCCAUCAACUCGGACCUCGACAACCUUGCCAUCCUGCUGGCCGCCACCAAUCUCCUGCCCAAGGGGCUGUACCUGAACAAAACCAUCGACAACGCGCGCACGGAGCUCGCGUGGGAGUGCGAUUAUUUGAGAGAAGCCGAGUGCGGCGCCCGCUACAGGGAACUGCUCGCCGCUGGCGGGCAGGAAGACAAAGUCUUCGCCGUCCCGCACAUCUACAAGGAGGCCAGCGGCAAGCAGGUGCUGACGAUGGAGUGGAUGGACGGGGUGGGCGUGACGCGCAUCUCCGACUUUACCCAAGAACAAAAAGACUGGAUCGGCACGCAGAUUCUGCGCCUGUGUCUGCGCGAGAUCACCGAGUUCAAGUUCAUGCAGACGGAUCCCAACUGGACCAACUUUUUGUACAACCCUGUCAAGCAGCGGCUGGAGCUGCUCGAUUUCGGCGCCAGCCGCGAGUAUCCGGAGGAGUUUAUUAGUCUUUACGUCCGUCUUUUGGAAGCCGCUUCGCGCGGUGAUCGUGCGGCCGUCAAGAACUUGUCGGAGGAACUGGGAUACCUGACCGGUCACGAAAGCAGGGCCAUGCUGGAGGCACAUAUUACUAGUGUCGUCACGCUUGCUGAGCCGUUCUUGCAAAGUGCACCGGAGGUGUAUGAUUUUAGGGACCAGACGAUCACGGAGAGGGUCAAGGCGCAGAUCCCCGUCAUGAUCCAUGAGCGGCUGGCGCCGCCGCCUGAGGAGACGUAUAGCUUGCAUAGGAAGCUUAGCGGGGCUUUCUUGUUGUGUGCGAGGUUGGGGAGUCGGGUUAGGUGUAGGGAGAUGUUUGAGAGGGCGUUGGAGAAGACGGAGUAUUUUGGGAAUGGCGGGGGGAAGAAGUGA